UCUAAUAAAUAAUGUUUGAUGGGUGUAAAAUUAGUGGCAUCUUUAGUGUUUUGUUAAUUAUGCACUGCCUCAAGGGGUCAGAUGAUUGUGAAAGCCGAACCCAAGUUGUGCAGGCUACGUCUCAAGGUGCUGCACCUUUUAGGUGAAGGAAGACUUGAUUCUGUUCAGAGAACUCAAAGUUCACAAUUUAACUUUGUAAUACGUGGUAAAAAAGUUCUUGAAGCUGCCUUGAGGAUUAAAUCAAGAAUCACCAGUUUCUCUUACACUAGAUUCAGAACUCAUAAGUUGACUUCGGGGGUUGUAUGAUUGUUCUUCCAAAAUGUUCCUUUUUGUGCCAAAAGAAAUUUAUGGAGAGCAAAAAGACACCUUUUUUCAAUCCCUAAUUUGAAGUUUCCCAUCAAGAUUCUUAUCCACUUCUUCAGCAGAAAGAAACCUGCAGAAAGGUUGUUAGAAUGUAAUGGAGAUUUUUAUUAUUAUGUAACAUGUUUAAUGAAAAGUUAAGCAUCAAGACUAUUCUUUCCUUGACAAAUCCAAACCAGGCAAAGCAUAUAUCCAAACUUUACUUGACUCCUACAACAUAGUCACAGCCUACGCCACGCCUAACUAUAACAAAUUGCCUCCUUUCCUAAAAGCUUCACCUUCAAAUAAACGCAGAAAAGAUGAAUCCUGCACAAUGUCCAGGAACUUGAGAUUUCAGAACAGCAAUUUCCUCGAGCAAUGGAGAAUAUGCUAAAGCAAGUCAGGGUGAGAUUUUCUGGACAGGAAAAACCAGAAGAGCCUCGAAGCGCCAGACAAAGAAGAAUUCCAUCCCUUAAGACUCCAUCCUUCAAAGACAAUACUCAAAACAAGAGACCUCAGAACUGGUUCCGGAGACAAUUUUCUGGACAAACGAAUCAAGAUUAUGAUUCCAAUAGAACAGAGCAGGCAGUUGCUGUGGCAGCGGCGGCUAAUGCCAUAACAUCGUUGAACGCAUCGAGCAUCCCGGAACAGAAAAAGAUCAGCAAGGGACCUGAGACUUCAAUGACCCAGGCUGACAGAAAAAGGGAAGGAUUGGCAGGUUUAAUCUCAGAAUCUGGUAAAGGUUCGAAAAGCCAAGAUACGGAGGUGCCAGAAACAGCUACCAAAGAAAAAACAACUAGCGCUGCUGCCCCAUGGGUUAAAAGGACCUUAACACCUACUGACAAGCCUGCUCCAUCAAUGAAGAAAACCCCAACGUCCAAUGAAAGUGCGGAGCCUAUGACUGACGUGCUUCCUAUAAAACCAAAAAUUACAGUGCCAAAGCCUGAACUGCCUCCCACAAGCAAGCCUGCAAUCCCACCGACAAGACCUGCAAUAGAAGACGGGACAGAUGCAGAUGCUUGGGAGAGAGCUGAAUUGUCUAAGAUCCAAAAGAGGUACGAGCAGAUGAAUGCCACAAUACUUUCCUGGGAGAACAAGAAGAAAGAAAAGGCCAGAAAAAGACUUCGAAAAACAGAGGUUUGCUUCAUUUACAUUUUUGUAAUCCAACUCAACUUUUUCUCAGGAGCUGAUAAGUAUUUAUUGGAUCUGCAGAGUGACCUGGAGCGAAUACGGUCAAGAGCCUUGAAACAAUUUCAUGAUGAUAUUGUUGAUAUUGAUCAGAUUGCAGGAGGAGCAAAAGCAAAGGCAGCAGAAAGGCAAAGAAAUGAAGAGUUCAAGGCAAAAGAAAAGGCAAAUACAAUCAGAAAAACAGGAAAGCUUCCUCGGACAUGUUUCUGCUUUUAAAUCCACCAGUUAUAAAAAGUUACCUGUUCCAGAAAAGAGCACCAAUCUUCUGUUGCUACAAAAUGUAUACGAACAAAUUCACAAGGAUAUGUGCAGACUAAUACUGCUGGUAUUAUAGUGAUCAAUAGAGCACUGUUCUUUCUUUUA